AUGGUUACCAUGGGCCCACCACAGGGUGUUCGUCCUGGCGACAUUCUGGAAGUUCUUCAUGAAUUUGGCGGACGCGGAGAAGAUGAACUGAUCAUGUUACCCCGCGACAAGAUUGAAUUGGUAGAGUUGGAUGAAGGAUUUGGAGAUGCCUGGUACUUGGGCAAAAACCUGAGGACGGGACAAACUGGUCUCUUCCCUGCGAGUAUGCGCCUGCCCCCAAGAAUCUCCUCGCCCAACCCCCCGACUAUUAUCCCAACUAAUCUUUCUGCGCGACCAGACUUUACCAAAGUUGGGCCUCCAAGAAAGACCCUUGCCGAGUCGCCAGUACUUGUAGAGUCGCCGACACAAUUAGGAACCUCCGCGCCCGAUACAUCGUUCGCAUCAUUCGGCAGUGGACAGAGUACCCCUCAAGCGCGCCACCUGAGCUCUGAUAUGCAGUCACCGCAAAUCGGUUCUCCUUCUCCCACACAACAUCGAUCUGCCUCGUCUCCUUUGCCUCGCCCAAGCUUAGCGGCCGAUAUUCAGCAAGCCUUUCGUGGUUCCAUGGACAAUCAUAUGAACGGCGAAGAAAGUCCGGUCAUGAAUGAGACUUUGAGCGUCAUUGACGAGCAUAUCACGGAUAUGAACACCCCACGUCACAGCAUGUCCACCCAAGAACCCAGAACGAUCAACGAUUCAGGCAGCGAGUACAGCAGUCAUAUUGGCCAUAGAGCUUCUUAUAUCAAUGGGAAUGAAACCGACGACGAGGAGCAGAAUCAUCCAACCGAGCAAGAGGUGCGGAAAUGGAAUGAAGCACAGACUUCAAGGUGCUUGCGCGGGCUUGGUAUCGACCCUAAACACUGCGACAUCUUUGAAGAACAGGAGAUUACCGGUGAUGUGCUUCUUGAUAUGGACCAGGAUUUCAUCUUUAUGAAGGAAUUCGACUUUGGAGUCAUGGGCAAGCGACUCAAAACCUGGCAUAAGAUCAAGGCAUUCCAAGAAAUCACCAAGGGCUCCGGUCAGCAGCAAACCCCAGGAGACUCCAUAUCCUCCAGCUUCUCGGGGCCUUCCGACGAACGUACAUUAUCUCGCGCUGGACACACCGGUCCACUUCUUCCUCGGAUUCCGACCUUGUCAGAGAAGACCGGUUAUCCACGAGCCUCCGCACCGGCGCAGCACCCUCGAUUGGCCAGCAACAACAGCUCGCCCAUAACACCGCAUACUCCUCCGUACAGCCAUGAUUCACCGAGAAGAAUUUCGGCAGCGUCGAUCCGUGACCUUAACCAGGCACGUCGUCAUUCUUCCAUUGAUGCCACUCAACGCGGCAUGUCUGAUUCGGUUUUCGUUGGUCACCAUCAAAAAAAGCCAUCAUUCGACCGGUCCUGGACUCUCAAUUCUGGCCCUCAAUCCAUGUCCGCUCGCCCAGGAACCUCGACGGGCACUAGUCCUGGUGGCUUCCGGGGCGGCCCGCUAACCGCUGACUCAGAUCCUUUCGCCAACUCCUAUAUCAGUACCCCGGAUCCAAUUGAUGAUCUAGAUCGGGGUUAUUUCUCGGGAACCGAGGUUGACUCACGCCGAAGCCGCCGGGUUCUACAGAAACGGGUGUCCGCCGGAGUCGGUGUAAACAAUCACUCGCGAAAGUCAAGCUAUGCAGAAGAUCCAUACAAAGUGAUAUCCCCAGCGAAGCGCCACUCUCGCAUUAGCAGCGCCGACUCGAUCCGUGACGCGUCAAAGCGUGUCUCCCCCGCGGCCCAGGCCUAUCAUGGCACGCCGCCGAAGAGUCGGCUGCGGAGUUUGAGCACACGCGUCUCAACGGAUAGAAGUCAGUCAUCAACCACUGAGAGCAAAACCAGUAACGGUGGUGGGUUCUUCGCCAACUUUCCCCUGGUCGGCAGCAAAGGUGAACCGGAAAGCUCUUCUUUUCGCGCCUCGCCGUUGCAAUUCCAGCCACUGAAGAAUGCUGGGCCCAAGUUCCGCCGAGCCAUGGGCCUUCGUGCCACAUCCGACGUUGCUGGAAAGAAGCUUGACACUUCUGCCCUGCCUGACUCGCCUCGGGAAUCUGAUCCCACCUCUGCUCGCACUGGAUCCACAACUCCAUCGGCGACAUCUAAGAGCUCAGAACGGCAUAGUACAGAUGGGUCUGGUAAGGCCGCCACUGACGGACAAGGAUUCGUAGUCCGUCCUCGGACCGUCAAGUCCAAGAAGGAGACCAGUGCAUAUACUCGGGGUCUUGAGAAGAAGACACCGCGUGAGCAGAUGGAUGGCUGUGACUAUAGUGGAUGGAUGAAGAAGAGAUCAUCUAACUUGAUGACCACCUGGAAGCCCCGUCUGUUCGUCCUGCGCGGUCGUCGUCUCUCCUAUUACUAUUCUGAGGAUGACACCGAGGAAAGAGGCUUGAUCGACAUCACCGCUCACCGUGUCCUGCGAGCAGAUCAAGAUCCGAUCAUCGCUCUACACGCGACCAUUACCGGCUCAACCGCGUUACCAGCCAAUGCCAACAACACCGCGGAGAGUUCUGGCGGCACGAAGCUCACUACUCCCUCGAUGAUGCAAUCGCUGACCACCAAAGACGGCAGUGGGCCGUUCUUCUUCAAGCUCGUGCCCCCGAAGACAGGCAACUCCCGCACCGUGCAGUUCACAAAACCGGCCACCCACUACUUCCAGGUCGACAAUGUCCAGCAGGGUCGUCUGUGGAUGGCAGCGUUGAUGAAAGCGACCAUCGAGCGUGAUAUGGGACAGGCAGUGGAAUCCACCAACAAGCAAAAGACUAUCAGUCUGAAGCAAGCCCGGUUGAUGAACCAGCGGCCACCGGAACUGAUGCCCGCUUCGGGCAGCACCAAGACCGAGCAGACCAUCGACGAGGAAGAAGAAGAGUCAGGUCUCCAAAUCGAGGGCUUGAACCUCAGCCAGCCCUCUGAUGCCAACUCGUUCGAGGACACAAACGGCAGUCUGGACAAUGAAGACACAGAUAAAGGUCUCGAACGACCUUUGUCUAAUCCUUUCGGGGGCUUUGACGGCGGCCACUCGUCUUUGUUUCCGGAUCCUCUAGCCAAGACGGAUUCCAAGUGA